AUGGUUAAAGUCCCUAAAACCCGCCGGACUUUCUGUAAGAAGUAUGGCAAGCACCAACCCCACAAAGUGACACAGUACAAGAAGGGCAAGGAUUCUCUAUAUGCCCAGGGAAAGCGGCGUUAUGACAGGAAGCAGAGUGGCUAUCGUGGGCAAACUAAGCCGAUUGUCUGGAAAAAGGCUAAAACUACAAAGAAGAUUGUACUAAAGCUUGAGUACGUUGAGCCCAACUGCAAAUCUAAGAGAAUGCUGGCUAUUAAAAGAUGCAAGCAUUUUGAAUUGGGAGGAGAUAAGAAGAGAAAGGGCCAAGUGAUCCAGUUCUAA